CGGGUAGCAUCCGUGGAUUGUGCAUCAGUUGUGUUCUGCAGCAAAAGUGAAAGUGACUCAUCACUUAAGUGAAACCUAAAUUUUCUUGUGCUUUCAAGUGAAAAACUUAAAUAAAAAACAAAAUGCCUUGCCCAUGCGGAAGCGGUUGCAAAUGCGCCUCUCAGACCAACAAGGGUUCCUGCAACUGCGGCAACGACUGCAAAUGCGGCGGCGACAACAAGAGCAAGUGCGGCUGCUCCUCCAAGUGAACGCGUCAGCAGACCCUAUAGUUUUUAUAAUAAAUUAUAAUUAGAAUCGAUCUAUUGCUGGUUGUUCUUGCAAAGGCAACAUACAUAUACACACA